AUGCUUAGAAAAACAGUUGAGGUGGCAUGUAAAACUAUUUUAAAUUAUCCAAAGGAUGAUGAUGAUACCUCUGAAUCAAAAAAAUUUCAAGCAAAACUUGCAAUACUAAAUGCUAUUCAAUGUAAAUAUAUCAUUAAAUUUUAUGGUAUCUCCAAUGUAAAUUCUCAUAAUGCUUUGAUAUUUGGCUGGGCUGAAAAGGGCAAUUUAAAAGAUUUGUACAAUACUCAUUACAUUGACUGGGUUACAAAAUUAAAGAUUUCAUAUGAUGUCAUUAGAGGACUUUUUUUUAUGCAUAAUGGUGAAAUUUUACAUCAUGAUGUUAAAUGUGAAAAUAUAUUAAUUGAUGAGGAUGGAAAUGCAAAAGUUUCAAAUUUUGAACUUAGUCGUAAUCUAUCUGGUGAAACUUCAAGAAUUUCAAAUUUAAAUGACUAUAUUCCUUGGUUGGCUCCUGAAAAAAUAGAAUCAGGAACUCAACUUUAUAAUCUUGAUUGUGAAAUGUUUAGCUUUGGAAUGUUUCUUUGGGAGCUUACUUAUCAACAAAUUCCAUAUAAAGAAAUGAAUGCAAUUAGUAUUGGUGAACAUGUCAAAAGUGCCUGGGAACAUUCACCCCAUAAUCGUCCAUCUUUUGAUGAAAUAAAAAAUGAAUUGGCAGAAUCAUGGAAAUGUUUUGAAAAUACUAAAUAUGUAGCUAAAUUUAUUGCUAAAGAUGAAGUUUCAAAUGACAAAAUUCAACAUCAUAACAUUGAUAAGGACUCAGAUUUUAAACCAUAG